AUGGCAGAAGACGACCACAACAAAAAACCACUUAAGGUUUUGGAAUCCGUGGGCAAAGAAUUUUUGACUAGCAUUUUGGAUAAUGUGGUGGAAAAAGAUUACCUGAAAUUGAAGAACACAGAAAAGAAAAAAUUUUAUGAUGCCAAACCUAAAGACAAGGUUCGGGUCUUUGUGGAUACCUUCCGACAGAAACAGCAUGAGGCAGGCCAAAUUCUUGUUGAAACCUUCCUUAACAAGGAAAAAGAAUCAACCAGCACAGAAGAUCCUCCAGAAAUCAAGGCUGGACCAGAGGAGUCAGCAGAAUUCACUGACACGCUCAAGCUUUGUCCUCAUGAAGAAUUCCUGAGACUGAACAAAGAAAAGGCUGGAGAGAUCUAUCCAAUCAAAGAGAAGGACUGUACUCGCACUCGUCUGGCUCUUAUUAUAUGCAAUAUAGAGUUUCAGCAUCUUCCUCUGAGGAAUGGGGCCAACCUUGACAUUGAAGGCAUGAAGAGGUUACUUGAGGACCUGGGCUAUAGUGUGGAUGUGAAAAAACAGCUCACAGCCUUGGAGAUGCAGUCAGUACUACAGGCAUUUGCUGCCCUCCCAGAACACAAGUCCUCAGACAGCACAUUCUUGGUGCUCAUGUCUCAUGGCAUUCUAGAAGGAAUAUGUGGAACUAUGCACAGUGAACAACAACCAGACGUGUUACCUUACGACACCAUCUUCCGAAUUUUCAACAAUCGCAACUGCCUCAGUCUAAAGGACAAACCCAAGGUCAUCAUUGUCCAGGCAUGCAGAGGUGCAAACCGUGGAGAGUUGUGGGUCAGUGAUUCUCCAUCAGUCUUAUCAGACAGCUCUUCAGAGUCACCUGAGAACCUGGAGGAGGAUGCUAUUCACAAGGCCCACGUGGAGAAGGAUUUCAUUGCUUUCUGCUCCUCAACACCACAUAAUGUGUCUUGGAGAGAUUCAACAAAGGGUUCUCUCUUCAUCAUACAACUCAUCACAUGUUUCCAAAAAUAUUCUUGGCGCUGUCACCUAGAGGAAAUAUUUCGAAAGGUGCAACGGUCAUUUGAAGAACCAACUGUUAAAGCGCAGAUGCCCACUAUUGAACGGCUCUCUAUGACAAGAUAUUUCUACCUCUUCCCUGGCAAUUAA